AUGGCUACAGAAACAGUGGAAACGACACAGCUCCGUCUCGCCUCGCCGAACGGCAUCGUCACACGAACCAUUCUCAAGACGCCCCUCCGCGACGCUCUCCCGUCCGAGAUCCCCGUCAUCGACAUCUCUCCUACCUUUAGCGAUUCCCUCCAAGACCGAAAGGCCGUAGCGCAGCAGGUCCGUGCCGCGGCACAGAACAUGGGCUUUUUCUACAUCAAGAACCAUGGUAUCCCCGCGGACGUGACGAGGGAUGCGUACGAGGCUUCCUUGGCCUUUUUCCGACAGGAUACGGAUAAUAAAAUGAGGGCUGAUUCGAGGAAAGCCAAGUGGGAGAAUGGGUACAGAGCACCGGCUACUCAGCGACUGAAUCCGUACGAAGGGGUUGAUGUGCGAGAGAGCUUCUCGUAUCGGUAUGACCCUCGGUACGACGAUACCGUUGGAGAGAAGGGGCUGGAAGAAAUACCGGAGGAGGUGAAGCGGUAUUUACGGUGCGAGGAGUAUCCGUGGGACAAGACGAGGAACUUGCCGCAGCUGAAGGAGAGCUUGACGAGGCAUAUCCGGGAGUGUCUGCGCUUGGCAAGGGCGCUGACGAGGUGUUUUGCGUUGGGGCUGGGGCUUGAGGAGGGGUGUUUUGAUGGGAAGGUUAAGUAUCCUGAUGCGUCGUAUGGGCUGAACUAUUAUCCUCCCCUUGAGCGGCCUACGGAGGAGGAGGAGGAGGAGGAUGCUACAGAGGGGAGGGUGUCGAUUGGAUCGCAUACGGAUUUCCAGUUAUUCACGAUCCUAUGGCAGGAUUCACAGGGCGGGCUGGAGGUGCUCAACAAGCAAGGGCAGUGGCUGCGCGCGCGGCCGAUCGAGGGCACGUUGGUGGUGAACCUGGGGGACUGCAUGCAGCGGAUUACGAACGAUGCGUACGUGAGCACUGUGCAUCGGGCGAGGAACCGUAGUGGGAGGGAGAGGGUGAGCAUUCCGUUUUUCUGGGGGUUUGGGCUGCAUGAGACGUGUAGUGUUGUUGUUGUGGGCGAGGGGGAGGAAAGGAGGUAUGAGGAUGUGAGGUGUGAGGAGUGGGUUGCGAGGAGGAUAAGGGAUAUGAAGAGGGUUGGGGAGAUGGUUGAUGAAUGA